AUGCUCACGCGAGCUGCCCGUCGAAGGCAUGCACUCCUCUAUUUCCAACAGGCUGCAGAAAGAAUUCAAUUACCAUGGCUGUGCCCUGCCAUCGCACAGCCUCAUUAUACUCUUCACCAACAAAGGUCGAUAACAUCUCGCCCGUCAAUCUCCCGGUCGAAAACCUUGCCUGCGCCCAUAACCCAAGCCAGGCAUCUCGCCUCUCCGGCGGCCGCUCCUGAAAGCUUCGAUCGUAGCGAUGACUACAUUCCAUUCGUGUAUGGUCCGCCAGACUACCCGACCCCCGAACCUCCAGCUCGACGUCCCGCUGCAGAUUUGUCCCCUUUCGACCUCUCGCAGAUCCUCAUGCUAGAGAGCACCACGGACCUAUCACAUGACUACAAUGACACCAAUCGUGCAACAGGAGCCAGCCUCAGAAAGAAUAGCGAUGAGAUUGAGGCUACACUUGACGCCUGUCUACAGGUGCAUCGGUGGGAUCGAGCAUUCAGCCUCCUAUCACAGUUAGCACUUUGCUGCCCAAAUAACCCAGACAGGGUGCUUGGCUCCUUCAACCGAGUGCUUGCCGCAAUGAUUGAUGAUCUCCUUCAAAAUCGGAAUCAGGAGCAUGAAGCACGAAUCAACAAUUGGAUCGAAGUAGACAUGCGAAAAGCUGGAGUGGAGCCAGAUGCACAUACAUUUGCAUUGAAAAUAAAAGUUUCGUUGGAUUCGCUAGUCGGAUCGAAGCGGGACCGGACGGUGCGGCGCUAUUGGGAAAUGACACAAAAAUAUGGCCUGGAAAGCAAGGUGCUCAGUUUAAGAGAGAUACUUGACGAUCGGGAUCUGGGAAGGCUUUCUCAGAUAUGCCCUCUGGAGGUCAGAGCGUUCCAAGCUGAGGAGUUUGCCCGUUCAUCGUCGGCCAACCCCUCUGCAGUCUCUCCUACGGCGAGAGAGCAGCUUCAUGUCCGGGAAACAGAACAAAAAGGUUUGGGGCUGACUUCUCUCCGACGGUCGUUGUCCAUAUUUUCCAAGCAGCUGGACUCGCAGGACGACGCAACCUUUGAAGAAGAUCCCGCCACGGCAAGGCAACGCAAAUUGGAGAGGGAUGCCAUACAAUCUGCACUGCAGCGGUGGAAGACGGAAUAUCUGAAAAGAGCCAGGUCGGGAAUUACAGGCGAUCUCGCUCACGGGAAAAUUGGUGCUUUGCUUUGGCAGUGGCACGAACUACUGGCCGAGAAGAUCACGAAUGAAAUCAAGCUGGCCAGGGAGGAUGAUUUAACACCAGGCAAGAAGUCGGCACAACAAAAGUUGCGGGCGGAGUGUUCGCCCUUUCUCGAGCUUCUACCUGCUGAAAGAGUGGCGGCUGUGACAUCAGUCGCCUUGAUGCAAAUUAUGAGUAAGAUCGGAGCCUCGAAGCAAGCAAAGCUGGUUCGGGUGGUCACCGAGCUUGGACAGGCAAUUGAAACCGAGUACGACGCGACUCAGGUCGCUCGAAAAAGAAACGCCAUGUUGAAAGCAAAAGAAAAAUUGGCCGAGAAGACUCCCGGGGCUUCGUUCCAAUGGGACGAGACACUAGACACGACCUUGCACAGACGUUCCUCUCACCACGCCGCUACACCUUACGCGUACAAGAAAAAUUGGUCCAAGGUUAUUCACACAAAGCUGGGUUCCGUGCUUUGCGAACUGAUGUUCGACACUGCCAAGAUCAUGGUCACGCGAGAGGACAAGUCAACUGGCAAGAAGGUUUCCAGUCCUCAACCGGUAUUCAUGCACUCUACCAGUUACCAGAAUGGUAGGAGAGUCGGCAUGGUUUCCCUCCACGAGGAUUUCGUCAAGAUCCUUAUUUCCGAACCAGCGGAACACCUCAUUGCCAAACAGUUACCCAUGGUCUGCCCUCCGAGACCGUGGAAGGGCUUUUACGAUGGCGGGUUUCUGGAAUCUACGCAACCAUUCUUGCGUGUCAAGUACAAUGAGACAUCGCAAAAGGACUAUGGCAUGGCCGCGGCCGAACGAGGUGACCUUGAUCAGCUGUUUGAAGGCGUCGAUAUCCUCGGCCAGACUGGUUGGAGAAUCAACAAAAAUGUGUUCUCAGUGAUGCUUGAGGCGUGGAACAGUGGAGAAGAAGUCGCCAAUCUCCCACCUCUCAACAAAGUGUACCCAGAGGUCGAGAGACCGGGCGAAAACGCACCUCCCCAAGAGCGCUGGAACUGGUUCCUCAAGAUGCGUAUGAUUGACAAUGAAAGAAGCGGCAUCCAUUCCAAUCGCUGUUUCCAAAACUUCCAGAUGGAGAUUGCCAAGGCAUAUCUGGACGAGACGUUUUACCUGCCUCACAAUGUUGACUUCCGAGGGCGAGCAUAUCCAAUUCCACCAUAUCUCAACCAGAUGGGUGCGGACAAUGCCCGCGGCCUUCUGCUGUUCGACAAAGGCCGCGAACUCGGCGCUGACGGUCUCCGCUGGCUAAAGAUUCACAUGGCCAAUGUUUACGGUUACGAUAAGGCUAGUUUGUCUGACCGCGCCCAGUUUCCUAUGGAUCACAUUGACGAAAUCUACGAUUCAGUCCAGAACCCCCUGACAGGAAAGCGGUGGUGGCUCACGGCCGAGGACCCUUGGCAGUGUCUCGCGACUUGUUACGAGCUUACCAAUGCUCUGGACUCAGCCGAUCCUACCAAAUACGUGUCACAUCUUCCCAUCCACCAAGACGGCUCCUGCAACGGACUACAACACUACGCUGCACUAGGUGGAGACCUCGAGGGAGCACGACAAGUCAACCUAGAGCCUGGAGACAAACCUGCAGAUGUGUACACUGGUGUUUGUGAAUUGGUCAAGGCGGACAUUCGGGAGGAUGCCGCCAAGGGCGACCCUCUCGCCAAGAUGCUCGACGGGAGAAUCAGCAGAAAAGUCGUGAAGCAGACAGUCAUGACCAACGUGUACGGCGUCACCUUUCUUGGUGCGGUGCGGCAAGUUCGAAAGCAAGUUGAGGCAUUGCUUCCGGAUGUCGAUGAGGCCCGCCUUUCUGGUAAAGCGUCAGCGUACAUCGCGCGCAAAAUUUUCAAGGGACUGGGCGCCUUGUUCUCUGGCGCACAUGAAAUUCAGUACUGGCUGGGGGAUUGUGCGAACCGCAUCAGUUCGUCGAUUUCACCUGCCCAGUUGGAGAGGAUGUACCAGAAGGAGUAUGGGGACCGACCUACGCUUCCGGAGCGCGCCAUGGCACGGUACAAGAAGGUCAAAAGUAAGGAGGUUUAUGAGUCUGGCCGAUUUCUAUCCACCGUGAUCUGGACGACCCCGUUGAAACUGCCUGUGGUCCAGCCCUACCGUGUCAACAAGGGGGUGAAAAUUCAGACCAACCUUCAAAACAUCACCUUGGCUCAGCCUACCGUCGGCGACUCUGUGAACAAGCGGAAGCAACUGCAGGCUUUUCCUCCGAACUUCAUCCACUCUCUCGAUGCAACACACAUGAUUCUCUCCGCACUGAAGGCCAAUGAGCUUGGUCUGACCUUUUCCGCCGUCCACGACAGUUUCUGGACCCACGCUGCCGAUGUCAAUACUCUCAGUGACUUGCUACGAGACGCUUUUAUCCGAAUGCAUAGCGAAGAUAUCGUUGGACGACUCGCCGCCGAAUUCCGAAUGCGAUAUGAGGGUCACUUCUAUCUGGCUCAAGUUAACAAGACCAACGUGCUGGGUAAAGCGAUCAUAGCAUAUCGCAAGAAGAUGGUGGAUGAGGGUGUUUUCAAUGCUGGCACAGGUUCCAAAGGCGUUCAACAACGGAGACAUGUCGAGUUGCUCCGAGAGAUCCGGAAGAAGAAAUUGAUGGAAAGUGCAGAUCCUGAAGAAAGGGCGGAGGGAGAGAAGAUGGUGACGGCGGCCAGUUUAUUUGAACAGUACGACGGAGAAAAGUUCCUGUUCCAUCAAGACUCUCUUGGUGAAACAGCCAUUGGUGCGAUCCCGGAGCGUGCUAGCGAGGAGUUGGUGGUGGAAGCCAUCAAUGCUGCUGGAGUGUCUGACGAUGUAGAUCUGGUCAGCACGCUGGAUCCACUCCGAGAGUCUGUUGCCAACGAGGAGGAAGAUGUCACCAACGAGGGGGAAGAAAGAGUCGAUAUCGAGGCUACUCACCGUCUCCACGGCGACAUAGGAGGCGGUCGAGAAAUCAACGCCUUCGGGCAGAAGGUCGGCAAGAAGCAGGCUAAAAGGGGCCUCAACAACCAGAUCUGGCUCUGGCUGCCGCUCCGGUUCCGACCUGUGCCAAAAAAGGGUGAUUUCGACGUUCGACGACUGAAGGAGAGCACCUACUUUUUCUCGUGA